CUUCCUAUAGCAACCAAAUUGCUCUCUCUUUUCGCUGCUGCGGAGUGCGAGAAAAGAGGAAGAGGAGAAGAAGCGAUGGCGAUGGUAAGCUUGGCGAGGCGAAGGGCCAGAGAUCUCUUCCGAACCGAAGCGGUGCGGCGAGCCUCCGUGUUCUGCCGGGGGUUCGCGGGCGCAGCGGGGGACGAGAACGACGUGGUGGUGAUAGGCGGCGGCCCUGGUGGGUACGUGGCGGCGAUCAAGGCCGCGCAGUUGGGUCUCAAAACGACGUGCAUCGAGAAGAGGGGAAGCCUCGGAGGCACCUGCCUCAACGUUGGCUGCAUCCCUUCAAAGGCUCUCCUUCAUUCCUCUCAUAUGUAUCAUGAAGCUAAGCAUGCAUUCCCAAGUCAUGGUGUUAAGUUCGCUCAACUUGAAAUUGACCUACCUGCCAUGUUGGCACAAAAAGAUAAAGCCGUCUCUGGUCUCACUCGAGGUAUUGAAGGCCUCUUCAAGAAGAACAAGGUAAACUAUGUCAAAGGUUCGGGCAAGUUCAUUUCACCUUCAGAAGUCUCUGUUGACACCCUUGAUGGAGGAAACACAGUUGUCAAAGGCAAAAACAUCAUCAUUGCCACUGGUUCUGAUGUCAAAUCUCUCCCUGGAAUUACUAUUGAUGAGAAAAAAAUUGUUUCUUCCACUGGGGCUCUAUCUUUGUCUGCCAUCCCAAAGAAAUUGGUGGUGAUCGGUGCAGGCUACAUUGGUUUGGAGAUGGGAUCAGUUUGGGGACGGCUUGGUUCUGAAAUCACUGUUGUUGAGUUUGCACCUGAUAUAGUACCUUCGAUGGAUGGUGAGGUAAGGAAGCAGUUCCAGCGCAUGCUUGAGAAGCAGAAAAUGAAGUUCAUGCUGAAGACGAAGGUUGUUGGGGUUGAUACGUCAGGGGAUGGGGUGAAGUUGAUAGUGGAACCUGCAGCUGGAGGUGAACAGAGCACGCUCGAGGCAGAUGUUGUUCUUGUGUCUGCUGGUCGAAUCCCUUACACAGCAGGUCUUGGACUUGAGACAAUUGGUGUGCAAACCGAUAAGGCAGGAAGGAUCACAGUUGACAAGCAUUUCAAGACCAAUGCGCCCGGAGUAUAUGCCAUUGGUGAUGUUAUACCAGGUCCUAUGCUCGCCCACAAGGCAGAAGAAGAUGGAGUUGCAUGCGUAGAGUUCAUCGCUGGUAAGGAAGGUCAUGUCGACUAUGACAUGGUUCCAGGAGUGGUGUACACUCAUCCUGAGGUGGCUUCAGUCGGCAAGACAGAGGAGCAAGUGAAGUCCCUCGGGGUGGCAUACCGAGUUGGCAAGUUCCCAUUCAUGGCCAACAGCCGUGCAAAGGCUAUCGACGAUGCGGAUGGGUUAGUUAAGAUACUAGCCGAGAAAGAGACCGACAAGAUUCUCGGCGUCCACAUUAUGUCACCUAAUGCAGGGGAGCUCAUCCAUGAAGCUGUCCUGGCCCUCCAAUAUGGAGCCUCAAGCGAAGACAUUGCUAGAACAUGCCAUGCGCACCCGACAAUGAGCGAGGCUGUGAAGGAAGCUGCAAUGGCAACCUAUGACAAGCCCAUUCACAUAUAACCAGCUGCUACUUGCCAGAUUAUGAUCCUUGCAAGCCUUUGAAAUAAUUUAUCGACUUUGGGCAGAAAAAUACAUUUGAAUUUGUAUUGCUUGAGGCUCUUAGAUUAUUUGUUCAUGCUUCAUAGUUUCUGUUGUUUACUGCAAUUGGGACAUGCCCUUGGAGAACUUAUAUUUAAAAGCCAGUGGACAAUGCUGGUGCCUGCUUUGCAAUGGGUGAUAUUUUCCCUCAUCA